AUGGUCCAGAUUAGUGAAGUGAAAGGCAACUCGCGCGAAAACAGAACAGCUGCGCACACACAUAUCAAGGGUCUGGGCCUUCGGUCAGAUGGGACAUCAGAGGUUACCGGCGAUGGCUUCGUUGGACAGGCUGCUGCUCGUGAGGCAUGCGGUGUUGUUGUCGACCUGAUCAAGGCAAAGAAGAUGGCCGGACGUGCUGUUCUGCUUGCUGGUGGCCCCGGCACCGGAAAGACUGCUCUCGCUCUGGCAGUAUCCCAAGAGUUGGGAACCAAGGUGCCCUUCUGCCCUAUUGUCGGCAGUGAAAUCUAUUCGGCAGAGGUCAAGAAGACGGAAGCGCUGAUGGAGAACUUCCGGCGAGCAAUUGGUCUGCGUGUUCGGGAGACAAAGGAGGUGUACGAAGGCGAGGUCACAGAAUUGACACCAGAGGAGACCGAGAAUCCUCUUGGUGGCUACGGACGUACGAUCAGCCAUCUGAUUAUUGGACUGAAAUCUGCCAAGGGCACCAAGAAGCUUCGUCUCGAUCCCAGCAUCUACGAAGCCAUUCAGAAAGAGCGUGUUACUGUCGGAGAUGUCAUUUACAUUGAGGCCAAUACUGGUGCCUGCAAGCGCGUUGGGCGUUCUGAUGCGUACGCAACUGAGUUCGACUUGGAAGCCGAGGAAUACGUGCCCGUGCCCAAGGGUGAAGUGCACAAGAAGAAGGAGAUUGUUCAGGAUGUAACGCUGCACGACCUUGACGUGGCCAACGCUCGGCCGCAGGGUGGACAGGAUGUGAUGAGCAUGAUGGGUCAACUGAUGAAGCCUAAAAAGACCGAAAUCACAGAGAAGUUGCGCCAAGAGAUCAACAAGGUCGUCAACCGAUACAUUGAUCAAGGCGUCGCUGAGCUUGUGCCUGGUGUGCUUUUCAUCGAUGAGGUGCACAUGCUGGACAUCGAGUGCUUCACGUAUCUGAACCGCGCUCUCGAGUCCAGUAUCUCCCCAAUUGUCAUUCUUGCUUCGAACCGCGGACACACCGUCAUUCGUGGCACCGACGGCAUUUCCGCUGCUCACGGUAUUCCUCCUGAUCUUCUGGCUCGACUCCUCAUCAUUCCGACCACACCCUACUCUGCCGAUGAGAUCAAGACGAUCAUUCGGCUUCGCGCAAAGACAGAAGGCCUCAACGUUACAGAGCCAGCUCUGGACAAGUUUGCCGAGCAUGGUAGCAAAGUCAGUCUGCGAUAUGCUUUGCAGCUUCUGACGCCGGCAAGCAUCCUUGCUCGUGUUAACGGUCGACCCAGCGGCAUUGAAGUGGCCGAUGUCGCUGAGUGCGAGGAUCUUUUCCUUGAUGCCAAACGAAGCGCCAUGAUUGUCAACCAGGACAGCAGCAAGUUCUUGCAAUAA